UUGUCAGCCAAAACACAAAAAGAGAAACAAGAAAUCAGAAUACCUAAUCUAAGCUCAAAAUUGAAACCAAAAAGCAAAAAGAAAAAAACAAACAAACAAGAAUAAUGGAUGGGAUUCAACAAUUAGGACUUCCAAUACUUGGAAUUAUAGCAGCAGCUGCUGUUACAUUUUAUGCAGUCAGCUUCUCAGAAAUUAGAGAGAAAUCAUUAAGAGAUUAUGAGGAUGGAGAAGAAUUUGGAAGUGGUGGUUUCAAGUAUGUUAGCUCUAGAGAAAGGAGAGCUAGAAAAAAAGCUGAUAAACAAAAACCAAAAUCUUGAUUCUUUGUACUCAUAUUUUCAUAUAUCAUAAUUUUUAUUGCAUUUGUUGUCGUUGGAAUCAAGGAUGAAUUCAUAAUUUAAUUUUUAUGAAUAUUCGAGAUACCACUAAAUCUCUACUAA